AUGUCCAGCCUUUUACCAUGGACAGUGUCGGUUGCGCGCCAGCAAGGUAGGAUUGUGCUGCAGCAAUCGCACUCCUCCCGGGCGGCGACUAGAUCAAUCAGCUCAAGCACAGGCGCCCAAUCGCAUCAAAAGCGUCACAUCCAGGCCAAUUCUACAGCGGAUUCGUAUUCAUCAUCGCUCGGUCGCAUCGGAUGCUCUGUGGUGGCUGCGCGCAUCAGCGCCGCGCCUCGCGCCGCAUCAGCGCUGUCGAAAUCGUUUAGCAGCUCAGCACGCCAAGGGCAAGCCGCCGCGAAAAAGAGCGACAGCAAGGUCGCCAAGAAAGACGACAUCGAAGACGAUGCCGCGCUUGAUGGAACCGAGACGAAAACGCCUGACACUCAACCAAAGCACGCCGCAUCGCUCUCUAAAAAUGAGCCCGAGGCGGAUAAUUCCACCGGCGGGCUCUUGCGCCUCCUGAGCAUCGCGCGGCCCGAAGCCAAGCCGCUGGGUAUCGCAACUGCCUUUCUCGCCGUCUCGGCGACGAUUACCAUGACCAUUCCGUACGCCGUGGGCCGCAUCAUCGAUGCCGCUGGCAAGGCCGGCGUUGUCGAGGUCGCCGGCCACUCCUUUACCCUCACCCAGUUCAUCCUCGGCAUGGGCACGGUGCUCACAGUCGGCUCGGCCGCUUCAUUUACGCGCAACAUCAUGAUGCGCAUCAUUGGCGAGCGUGUCGUUGCCAAAAUGCGCUCGCGCCUGUACCGCCGCACAUACACGCAGGAUGCCGAGUUCUUCGAUGUCAACCCCGUUGGCGACUUGAUCUCCAGACUGGGGUCGGAUGUCAACAUCGUGGGCGACUCGGUGACUACUAGCGUCACAUAUGCCUUGCGAUCUACGUUCAACACCAUUGCAGGAAUUUCCAUCAUGCUGUGGACCAGCGCGAAGCUCACAAUGCUAAUGCUGGUGAUAUUGCCGCCGAUGGCUGUGGGAUCACUAAUCUAUGGACGCUUUGUGGAAAAGAUUACCAAGCGCGUGCAAACGAAUCUCGGAACCUUGACUAAAAUUGCAGAGGAGAGACUUGGCAAUGUCAAAACCAGCCAAGCUUUUGUUGGAGAGCGCCAAGAAGUGCAUCGAUAUAAUAAUCAGAUUCGCAAGAUUUUCGCGCUGCGGAAACGGGAAGGCAUCGUGACGUCGACGUUCUACACAUCCACACUCUGGGCGGGCAACAUCUCGUUCCUAAUCAUGCUCACAGUCGGCAACAGCUUCAUCCAGUCUGGAGCCAUGACGACCGGCGACCUGACGGCCUUUGUCAUGUACGCCAUGUUUGCCGGCACGGGUAUGAUGGAUUUCUUCUACACGUAUACAGAAAUCAUGCGUGGCUCUGGAGCAGCUCAGCGUCUCUUUGAGUUGUCAGACAAAAAGCCACGGAUUCCACAAAGCGGCGGUACGCGCAUCGAGUCUGCGCAAGGCGCCGUCAAGUUCACCAACGUGCAUUUCGCGUACCCGACGCGGCCAGACGCCAAGAUUUUCAACGGGCUCAACUUUGAGAUACCCUCUGGCAGCAACGCCUGCAUCGUCGGACCCUCGGGCCGCGGCAAGUCCACCAUCGGCACACUGCUCCAGCGCUUCUACGACCCCGUCGCCGGCACCAUCACCAUUGACGACCAGGAAAUCUCCCAGAUGAGCGUCAAGUCGCUCCGCCGGCGGAUUGGCGUCGUGGCGCAGGAGCCCGUGCUCUUCUCGGGCACGAUUGCCGAGAACAUUGCCUACGGCGUGCCCGGCGCCACCGAGGCCGAGAUCCAGCACGCCGCCGCCGUGGCCAACUGCACCUUCAUCGCCAACCUGCCCAAGGGGCUUGACACGCAGGUCGGCUCGCGCGGGUCGCAGCUCUCGGGCGGGCAGAAGCAGCGCGUGGCGAUUGCGCGCGCGGUGCUCAAGCGGCCCGACAUCCUGAUCCUCGACGAGGCCACGUCGGCGCUCGACGCCGAGUCGGAGACGCUCGUCAACCAGGCGCUCGGCCGCCUCUUCGAGGGCAACAUGACGACCAUCUCCAUCGCGCACCGCCUCUCGACGAUUGAAAAGGCGGACCUGCUGAUCGUGCUCAACGCCGAUGGCGAGGUCGCCGAGAUGGGCAACUACAGGGAGCUGUCGGCGGACAAGGACAGCGAAUUCAACAGGCUGAUGGAGAAUCAGAUGCGCUCGCCGCUGGCAAGCAAGCCGGCGGACGAUGUCGAGACGAUCAUGGUGGAUGAGGAGGCGAUAGAGGAGGCCAAGAAGCGAGAGGCCUAG